AUGUCAGAGACUUUACAGAAGUCCAGGCUGCUGAUUCUUCAGUCCAGUUGGAGAAUUGAGGACGUAAUCUGUGACUGCUCUGACUAUGAGUCUUGUGCCAGGAAGCGCCAACUGCUUUCCUCCAGCUGCAGUAUCCAGUUCAGUGACAAAAAAAGGAACACAACUGCCAGAAGGGUAGGGCCAGAUGGCCAAGAGGCUUUCCCCUCCCUCCUUCCUCAUCCUAGCCCUGGCCUGGUGCUGAUUAGCCAGGGAGAAGCUGAAGGCACCUUCUUCAGGCAGCCCGCUGGAGAUGUUCUUCUUUGCUUUAACAUAACACAGAGUGACCCCCUCCAGCUUUUGAAAACGGCACAAACAGGAGGAAAACGUGCUCAGGAAGCGGGAUUUGGGGUCAAUUCGCCCCUCCAGGACGAUCGAGCCCGGCCGGACGGGGACCCGUCCAGCCCCGGCGUGGACCGCGGGCCAGCGGCACCCUCUGGCGGCCGGCGGGGCACGGCCCCGAUCUCGGCCCCGGGCUGCCUCCAGACACGGCGUGCGACCGGCAAACACAGCCUCGAAGCUCUGCUGCCGGCUGGCUCGAUGGCUCAGAGCCUUAGGGAGGUUUUGGCCACCCCCAUCAUAACCAUGGGUGGGCGCAGAGUUGCUUGCAGGUCUCUUUCAUCUGCUUCAGUGUAAUGGUUUUUGGUUGUCAAAUUCAUUUUAGGCUUUUUCGUUAAGUCCAGUACUUACCCUGCGUUAUAUAAGCGGCUUGAAAAAAUGUUGGCUGUGUUAGGGGCCAAAUGCCUGACAUCAGAAUUUAAAGUGCAAAAACGUUUACAUGAUGCGAGCCUACUAUUUCAGCUGAUGCUAUUUUAAACCUACAAAUCCCUAUUUAUUGACUGAAUAUUCUUGCCACAUACACUUGUGUAGAUUUUUACAAAGGCGGGAAGUGCUAAGAGCCUCUGAUCAAAGCUGUACUCAGUGCAACCCGAAUUCUGAAUGCUGGUUUGAAUUUCUUAGGCGGCUCAUAUCUUUAGAAAUUGCUGCAGGUUUGCGUUGAGCCAAAAUUUCGGACACUGAACACUGGAAAUGUUGACCUCGAUUGGGAUAUUUGCUCCUGGGCUUCUUUGUCUGGCAAUAAGUCAACAUGGGAGUUUUCAGCCUUUUCUGAUAUAUGGGUCCUUUCACUUGUGACUUAAAGCCAUUGGCAACAGUCCUGUUUUCCUUAGAGCUCUUUCAAUGAACCGCGAGCCUGAACUGCUGCACUUGCUGUGAUUGAAGUGAUCUUAUUGUACAGCUAGGCUUCGUUGCUCGUCCAAAUCAUAAACCUCUGGAGGUUACAUGUUUUGACAUCUUAGUAAUGUGCAGAACCACUUCUGUGAUUCUGUGAUUCUAUGAUUCUAUUUCUGUUUCUUCCAAGCCACUGUAAGAGAGCUGUUCUUUUCCAUUCUUGCUUAAGCUUUGUUAGCUUGAAAUGCCCUCUGCACAGUUCUAUAAGAAAGGACCUUGCUGUAGUUAUUUGAAUUCGUCUCAGAGUUGAACAUAAAAUAUUAGAAGGAUUCCUUUAGCAGUGUUGAAAUAGCAUAAGUGGGCAUAUCCUAUGCUGACCAUGCAUGUGAUAUUCCCAGCAACUGACUGACAUGCCUUCAAAAGAUCAAAUUCAGCCUUCCUUGCAUGGUAUAAGAUAAAAAUCUGGCCUAGGAUUUAACUGUACCUGGUAAUUAAGUUUAAAGAACAAUAAUGCCUCGCAAACCUCUCCAGGCCUACAGUAAGCAUGCUGGAAUCUUGGUUGCCAUUUCUGCAAACUGUUUACAAUUCACAUACCUCUACAAAUCCAGUCCUGAUCUCAAAUUGCUGCUCAUAAACAACAUAGCAGGGAUUUGAUGUAUGAGGGCAUGUUCUGAAUUCCCCUUCCCUAGCAGUAGCAUGGCUAGCUUCUAGCAUUAAAAAACCUCUUAUGUCUCUUCUUGUUACAAGCAGUGCUCCAUUAACUACUUGAAUACAUCUGGUGGCCAAUUUUUUUUGAUUAUUAUUAUUUUUUAUUUUUGUGACUAGUGGCAAGAAGGCAGAUGUAACAUUUUAUUCUCUUCUGCGGCUGCUAGCUGUCUACAAACGAAUAUUUGUCACAACUGGAGGCAGGACAGCCUCUGUUAACCAUCCCAGAAUUUCUCCGGGAUGAGUCCAUCAAAGCCAGAUGUUGUUAAACUUCAAAGCAUGGUGCAAAAGUGAUCCUUCAGGCUGUGCUCUUGAUUAAUUUUAAAGUAUCAGUA